UACAAAUAUGAAGACUGGAAAGCCUGAACACUCAAGAGGGUGGCAAUAUACAGCAACCAAUAUUUUGGGCGAUAAAAGAGAAAGCAUGUGCAAGAAUGUUUUACUUCAGCGAUCAAUCCUAGGACGCAGUAAUACACAUUGCCUAAGAGUCCCUCCUCCACCAUUCACUUACGGAAUGAAAAAUGUCAAAACUAGUGGUGUCUCUGAUGCUCUUCACUGGGUUGAUGAUAUCGCAUUACGCCAGAAGUCCAAUGAUCAUAUAUAUCUAACUCGGGACUUUGUGGCAUUAAACUGUGACAGUGUAAGGCAGGGAGUGACAACAAGCAAGGAAAUGACUCAUUUUAGGGCGUUACACGAUAGAUUGAGACCGAAGCAAGCGAAACGCAGAUCAAGAACGGAGUCACCAAAACUACAUUCGGAUGUCACUCAUGGUGUGCCUAACAAAGCCUCUACGCCAAUCCAAGAAAUCCUUUCAAACAAAUAUCAAAAAGAUUGGAUUGAUACACAGAUGAGGAGAUCAGACAAACUAGAAGCAAAAUUAGUUGGACUAAGGAGCAUGUCCAGAAGAGCUAACCAUCCUGACAUAGAUGCGAUGGUCAAAAGAAAUUGUAUGAGGAAAGACAAAGAAGAAAGCUUCUGGAAGUUGAAGAGGUUUGAACAAAAUGCUGUCGGGCGGAUAAACACAUUUAGAAAUGAAGAAUGUCGAAGACUUGCAUUUGAAAAAGAUAAAAACAGUAAGAUAUCACGAAUCGGAUUACAUGGUCAUGGAAUCCAACGUACAGGAGAAUGUGCAUAAAUACAAUUUGCACUUAUGCUGCACAACUACGAAAAACACAUUUAUUAGGAAACAGCCCAAAGUAAACUAGAAAUCUACAGCAAAGUUGUUUACCUUGAAAACAACAACUUCAUUAUUUAAUCAUCAGUUUUGAAAGCAUUUUAGUGGUACGAUAGGAUUAAAUUGGCCGCAUUCUGUGUGAUGAAUAUGUAAAUAAGGGUCGAGACAGUGCAUCUCACCGAAAUAUGGUCUAAACUAUGUUGUAGUGAAACUAAACUAAAUGCAAAUGAACCUUUAAAAUGCGAUAUAUAUAUUUUUUGUAACUGGACAGAACUAUACUUAAGAAAACAGUGAUUCAAUAGUCUAAACAUAAGACUCUCAUCCACCAACUCAUGAGUUGUCACGCAACACAUGAUCAGUAAACAGGUGUUUAAAAAAAUACUUGGUUACUACUACUCUGUCAACAGCAUGUUUGCAAGCUGUUUAUCAAUCAGAGUAAAAUAUUUUUACAAUAUAAGACAUUUAAAGAGUACUUAAAUUUAUACAAAACAUUAGGACAGAAAUAACUAAGGAUUAAAAUCAAGGCAUUCAACUAUGAAAGUCAAUUUAACUGAAUAGAAAAUUGGUUUUGAGUACCGAAAAAUUGUGUGAGAAAAUUAACUGGUGAAAUUAAUUUACAGAUGCAGAUCGUUCAAAUAAAAGAUAUAAGAAAGACUAGAAAAAGUACCUAACACAAUAUCUCGAUGAAACAGUAUGUUUUCACAGGUUUUUCUUAUCUUUAUCUGUUGAACCAGCUGAACCACACUGAUUUGCAGCGCCAGAAGUUUGUUUCUGGUUAGUGUAUAUUUCAUUUAAUGAAAAAGCAUUAAUCAUAUUGUCCCAAGUGAAUGUGAAUUUCUGUACUGUUUUCUUAGGUGCAUUGAUUAUAGCUGGUCUGCGUGUCAGUUCAUGACCUUGACGAAAUAAAAUCAAAGUAGGAAGCUGUUUAGACCAGGAGGAUGUAUCAAUGUUAUGUUUAACACCGACAUCUGGAUAUCGUAUUACAUCGAUUUUGCCGAACUUCAUAAGAUCUGUUCCAAAUUCUUCUGACAGUUCUGCAAAAAUAGGUUGUAGUUUAGUACACGCAGGUGACCACACAGUAUAAAAAGCAACGAGCCAUGUUACUUUAGGGUUACCACGAAUAACUUCUUGCUCAAAAGUAGUAUCUCGCAAGUAUAAGACUUUAUCGGGCCCAUUAUAAACAGGUUGUUGUAAAAAACAG